CCGCGCCUGAGCGCGUCCUGACGUCCUGAUCAAACACCACUAACUGCACCCUUCGCCGAAACCAUUCUUUGUGUAAUCACAGACAUUCAUCUGGUCUUACCUCUGUCUCAGUGCCUCCUGUACCUUCCCAGCCCUUGAUCUCCUGCGAUGCCAUCUUCCUAGAUUCCUCACGGUUCAUUUAUUGGAAAUUCCCCGUCCUGCUGUCGUGAAGAUGGCCUUCAAUUUCGGGCAGCCGUCGACAAGCGGUGGGGGUGGACAGCCACUAUUUGGAACAUCUAAUACACCUGCAACAUCGGGAGGAGGUCUGUUCGCAGGUGCACCAACAUCAGCAGCAAACACGGGGUCAUCAUUCAGUUUUGGCGGAUUCAAGGCACCAGCGACAACUGGUCAACAGCAAAGCUUCUUUGGCACUGGUGGUGCACAAGAUAACAAGCCUGCCUCUCCCAGCAUCUUUGGACAGCAGAGUGGCGCCUCUGGCAAUUCGGCGCCCAAGAACGUGUUUGGGUCAAAGCCGGAAAGCAGUGAUGGUACAAAGCCGGCAUUUGGAGGAUUUGCAGGCUUUGGUACUCCAGACAAGUCAUCUACUCCUACAACAUCUGCCCCGUCAUUGUUCGGCUCUACGACUCCCGCUACUAGCAAGCCAUUAAGUUUUGGCAUGACUUCAACCACCCCAGCUGGACCUCCUCCAAGUAGCUCAACCUUUGGCGCAAGUACAGGCGGCGCUGGUGCAGGCGCUGGUGCAGGCAUUUUCGGCGCAAAACCAACAGCAGAUGCGUCCAAGCCAACGUUCUCGCUUGGUAAACCACCCGCGACAGCCCCGUCGACUUCUGCGAACCUCUUCGGUGGCUCAUCCGGUGGGUUCAGUUUCGGGAAACCAGCAGAAUCCAUAUCGGGUGCUACACCGUCAAUGACUGCUGCUGCCCCUGCCCCCGAGCAGAAGAGCUUCUCGUUUGGCCAGCCCGCCUCAAAUACAACGACCACUUCAGCACCAGCAACUUCGCAACCAGCUGCUGCUCCGUUAUUUGGCGAAGCACCGAAACAGGUUACAACACAAACUCUCUUUGGGAAACCAGCAACAACAGAAGCUCCAGGGUCAGCCGCUAAACCGACCUUUUCACUUGGCCAGCCUCCCGCAACACAGGCUUCAGGUGCGGCUACGCCUGUGUCCUCUGCGACUUCUGCUCCUGCCCAAAAGCCGCUUUUCUCAGGGUUCAACCUUGGUGGCACUCCGAGCUCGGCACCAGCAACCACUACGGCCACCACACCUGCACCAGCAACCACUGCAAGCCCAUUCUCUUUCGGUCCUCCAGCUGCUGCGACCACAUCUCAGUCUGCCAACAUCUCAGCCCCUCCGGCAAGCCCCUUUUUCGGUAAACCGGUCCCAACAACAGCGCAACCUGCUGCCACAACAUCAACUGCUCCCGCUUCUAGCCCUUUCUCGUUUGGCAAGCCGGCAGCCUCGUCUACCUCACAGCCUGCAACGACCUCCGCUCCGACAGCUGGCACGACUACAGCGCCCACCUCAUUUCCAGGUACCAUUGGCGGUCAGACUUCAACCACAGGCCCAACCCCGCCAGCUCAGUCCCGUCUUCGCAAUAAGACCAUGGACGAAAUCCUCACCCGCUGGGCAACUGACAUGUCCCGCUACUCGAAAGAAUUCAAGGACCACGCAGAGACCAUCGCGCGAUGGGAUCAACUGAUCGUCGACAAUUCCUCGAAAAUCGAUAAGCUGUAUGUGCGAGCACGGACAUGCGAGCGACAGACUGUGAGUGUCGAUAUGCAACUCACCGCCGUCGAAAACUCGCAAGCGGAAUUGGAGUCUUGGUUGAGUAAAUACGAGAGCGAUGUGGAUGAGAUGCUUGCCAAAGAUUCCGCCAACCCCAGUGAAAUGGGUGGUCCGGAUCAAGAGAGGGAGAGAACGUACAAACUUGCGGAGAAAUUGGGUGAGAGACUGGAGGAGAUGGAGAGAGAUUUGGGAAGUAUGGUUGACGAAGUCAAUGCCGCGAAUGCGAGCCUGAGCAGGAGCGGGAAGGGCGAUGAACCGAUCACACAAAUCGUCAAGAUCCUCAAUUCGCACUUGAUCCAGCUGCAGGCCAUUGAUCAAGGGACACAGGCUUUACAAGAGAAAGUUGCUGUGGCGCAAAAGGCGGCGAGUCAGUUGGGGUAUCUGACUGGCUACAGGUCAUCUACGACGACCGACGGGAGCAAUACCGGUGCUGCCGUCCAGGACUUUUAUCGGAGUUACAUGGGAAGGAGAUCAUGAUACGAGAAUGGACUGUAUCAGUGUAUCAGGCAACGAAUCAACUUGGCUUUCUGCAAUGGAAGGCACUUUGGGUACUGUGGGAAGCAACGGAACGGGGUGAUGAACACCUCAGCUAAAAUUGCGAGUUUUGUAAGACUAGACCGAUCAGAUCGGAAAGUUCGAAUGAAUAAAUGGACUCUCGGUCGACAUGGGAGUGAAGACGUAUGACAUUGCCAGGCUCGUAGCCGAAUUUCUGUACAGCUG